AUAAAUACCCAACAAUCAAUGCAAUCUCCAUGACCAACUCCAACUCCAAAUUAAUCUUCUUUGUAUUGCAAUAUAAUCUUAAAGAAAGGAAAAUGUCCGGUGUUUGGGUUUUCAAGAACGGUGUCGUGCGGUUGGUGGAGAACCCAGGAGCAGAGUCUCUUGAUGGAAGCAGGCAAGGAUCUAGCAGUCGCCGGAAAGUUCUGGUUCACACUCCUAGUAAUGAAAUAAUAACUUCUUAUUCCGUUUUGGAACACAAAUUAUCUUCUCUUGGAUGGGAAAGGUAUUAUGAUGAUCCUGACCUUCUUCAAUUCCAUAAAAGAUCCACAGUUCAUCUUAUUUCUCUCCCUAAAGAUUUCAGCAAGUUCAAGUCCAUGCACAUGUACGAUAUUGUCGUCAAGAAUCGUAACAUGUUCGAAGUCAGGGAUAUGUAGCUAAUAUAAUAGUGCUUUGCUGUUGUGUCUGUUAUAUAAUAUAAUAAUUCUGUGUGUCUAAUUGAUCUUGAGUUUGUCUGUACUAUAGAGUGAGAUGAUUGCAUAUCCUUCUCAUAAGUAAUGUUAUUUGUUUUUUUUUUUUUUAGGAUUUUGGGAUAUGGGUUUGAUUGAUUACAUGUGCCAAGUCCUGUGUGUAUUAGGUUAGGGAUAGUUAAUAAUGUAGUUAAGGGUUUGCUUUCAUUAUGAGCACGUAGUUGGUGACAAGGUAUCACAGUCAUGUAAAUUGUUUGUGGGAAUGAAAAUUCGUCUUCUUUUGUGUGUUUUC